AUGUCCAGUGAACAUACAUCUAACAGGGCUUCUAACAAUCAAAACAACGCCAGAGAUUACAAAUCUCGACUUGCAUUACCCAAUGAUUCUGAUGAUUCUCAACUUUCUGACGAAGAUGAUUCACUUUUGAGACUUUCACAACAAGCACAACAUAGGAAGUUGAGUCAACUGCAACUUGUCAACGAGGAGCCUCUUGAACCACUGGAACCUGUUGUUACAGCAGCUGAUAGCGGUAGUGAAAUAGACGAAAAUGAAGACUUUCACAAUGAUCCGAUUAUUGAAGAAGAAGACGAAGACGAAGAAGACGACGACGACGACGAUGGCGAAGAAGAGUCAUUUGGCCGAAGUGAUAACGAACGAAAUGAAGAGGAUGAAUUGGAAAUGCUAGAAACUGCCGAUUUUCUUCGUCAACUUAUGCAAGCUAGAAGGGUAGCAGAGAUCAAUUCUGGAUCUGGUGACGACAGAAACAUCAAUCGUGAUAGCAGUAGCUCCAAUGAGGAACAAAGAGCAGAGGGGGAUUUAGAUGAUACCCGUGCUGAGUUCCUUCGUGCAAUUGGUGCUUUGUCGGGAGCAAGAGGAAGUGAGGCACCAAAUGAAACCGCCGCCGGAGGGAGUAGGAGUGGUACCGACAGAGAUGCCCCCGCGGGGUUUGUUGACGUCAUGCAAAGAUUAAUGGGAGGUGGUAUUAUGUUUGGUGGUAGUGGUGGUUCACAAGAUGGUGAAAAUAUUGGCGCACUCAUCAACAAUUUGGAGCAAAGGGGAGACACUUUUAUUAUUCUUGAAUCAUUGAACCAAAUCUCGGAAAAUUUGCUCAUGAUGAAUGGAUUAACUGCUGAGCGUUUGAUUCCAUCCAACAGAUUAGCCAAGAGUCUUGUGAAUAUAAUGGAGGACCCAGCAUUAGAGGAUGAAUUGGAGUUGCACCUUGUUGCCUGUCGUUGUUUGUAUAACUUUUUGGAAGUCAAUCAGGAUUUUAUUCACGAUGCAUUGAACAACAACGCCGUACAAGCAUUAUGCAAUAAGCUUUUAGAAAUAAAGUAUAUCGAUCUUACGGAGCAAGCAUUACAGACGCUUGAAAUGAUUUCCAGAGAUCCCAUAUCACAUAACAGUAUUAUUUUAAACAAUGGGUUAACUGCUUGUUUGCAAUACCUUGAUUUCCUAACAGUCCAUGCCCAACGGAAAUGUCUUAGUAUUGUGUCGAAUUCGUGCACCAAUAUCUCCGUGUCGAAUUUCAACAAAAUCAAGGAGGCUUUCAACGGCAUAACCGAAGUUGUUAGAGCACAUAAUGACCAAAACGUUGUUGAAAAUGCAUGGAUCACAAUCGCAAGAAUCAUUGAAUGCUUUAAGAAUAAGCCAGAGUAUUUGAAUGAGCUCUUUACGGGCAAGGAGUUAUUCUUUAAAGAGUUUGUCAAUGUAAUCUUAGUCAGUUGUAACAAAUCGCUGAAUACCAGUGCAGAGUCUGAACAUGUUGCGUUGUCUUUUAGCUCGUGCCUAAGCUUGAUCAAGUCAUUGAUCAUCUUGUCGAGUGUCAGCAUUGAAGUGUCCAAGAUUCUAUUGAGUGAUUGUGACAUUGGGUCAAUAAUUGUAAAAUCGUUGAAUAAGUUUGCGAGAGCAAGGCGUGGGGAAAACGGUGAUUCCUUGAAAGGUGAUGACGUUGAAAUCUCGAUUGAGGCGUUGUUAGCUGCUCCCAAAGAGUUGGUGUCACAGUUUUUGACUUUGAUAGGGUACUUGGUACCAAUAAAUUAUACACCAAGAAAAGCGCUUUACUUGAAACCGGAUUUCGAAGAUUACGAGGAGAGAGUGUGUGUUAACAAUAAAAGAGAAGAAUUGUGCAAUGAGAUUAUUCCUGAUGAUUAUUGGAAAUUUAUCAACGAAAUUUGGACAUUGCUGAUUUACAGUAUUCAAGCAACAACAGAUGUCGACAUUAGGCGAAGAGGGUUCAUUGUUUUGUACAGAAUCGUCAAUUCCAUGGAUGCAUCUCGGUUGGGGCAAAUUAAGCAUCAUGAGCUUGUUUCUGGAUUAUUAGCUUCUGUUGUCAAUCAAUACCUGCCACAAGUUUUGCAAGGAUUAAAGAAGUUGUCAGAGUCCAGAAAGCAAGAUGAGGAUGUAGACAUGCGAACCAGUGACUUUGAAGAUUUCGAUGAUGCUCAUGACCAUCUUUCCAGUGACGAAAGAAACAAUGAUGAAAGCGAUGAAGAGAUGGAUGAAGAGAGCCAUGACCCUGAAGAGGAGGAUGAAGAGGAUGACGAUGAUGACGAUGAUGACGAUGAUAACGAUGAUGACAAUGAUGACGAUGAUGAUGAUGAAGAUGAUGAUGAAGAUGAUGGUGAAGACGAGCAUGAAGACGACUUUCCCAUCACUAACCGGGCAGAUGACCUCAAGAGUCUCAACUCAACCAUGUUGAUAUUAAGUGCAUUGGAGAUAUUAAAUGUAUUGUUGCAAAAAGCGCCAGGCGUAUUCUUACAACCUUUUGAAAGAGAGGGAUUGAUGAAUGACGUUGCUUCUAUAUUAAAAAGCUCCUCGUUUUUAAGGAGAAGAUCUAGGUCACGAUCUUCGCAAAAUCAUUUUCUGACCUCAUUUGCAAAUAAAUACAUCGACGUCGAGUUUACUAAAGAGUACGAAUAUAGAACUUCGAUGAGGGAUGUUUAUUUCAGGAUAAAAUUGGCAGUUUCUGAAAUUCACAAGGCAUACAAUGAAGAGAAGAUGUCUCAAAGCAGUGAGCUUUCCGAACACAUGCACAUAUUACAUCAUAUCAAGGACAUCUUAUCCGAUACAAAGGCUACCAAAUCAUUCAGUUACGACCAAUGGCUACAGGUCUGGGAACAAUUCAAGUUUGCUUUAAAGGGAGGAUCUUCUAAGGUUCACGUUUCCAGUUUCGAGCUCAUUUCUACCGGUGUUUUUACACAACUAACAACCUUGUUGGCACAGAAUGAUUCAGAACACGUUUUUGAAUCUAAUCCAUGUUAUCGUGCGUUCAUCCACUCGUUUUUUAAUGACAGCUGUGCAGAUGCAAAGUUGCUCGUGCAUCAAUUGCUUGAAGCUUUAACAAGGUCAGAAUCUUUUGAGAUUGUGGCAGCUGGAGGUCAUAAUCAUCACUCAGCAUCGUCUCGUGAUCAACAUCAAGCUACCUUAAUGGCGAAUCAAAUUAAAUUGAAAUUGAACUUGGAGGGUGAUCUGGGCGAUGUCAAGAUGCCCACUAGCUUGCAAAACACAGUUGUGUCUGUCCACGCAAUUGCUACAUUUAAAUCAAUCCUUUCAUUCUUAAAACUGAGGCUACAAUUUAUGGAACAAUUAUCAAGUAUGGGUUCCAAUCGAAGUAUAGGUAAUGAAGAUGACGGCAAAAAGUCAGACUAUAGCUUGGAAUUUUUGAUUAAUGGGGAAGUCAUUCCCGUUGAAACAACAAUAUAUGGAGCUAUUUAUAGAGCAGCUCAAUCGAAGCCAGAUGAAAUAGUUGAUCCCAAGAAAAUUUGGAAUGGAGUUCACCAAGUAACCUUCAGAAAAGUCAGUACCGAAGUGAGCAGUGAGAGUGUGUUCAAAAACUACAAUACCACUGUUGACGAUACUGAGUUGGCAAUUUACGAUAAAACUACGAUUGGUGUUUUGCAGCUAUUAAAAGUAUUGUUCAAAAUGAAUACAUUUGUUCAUCAUAGUGGUAAACCCAGUGUUCCGGUUAAAGAAUUCAUCAAUUGGAAAUUAACAGCAAAAUUGAAUAGACAAUUGGAAGAGCCUUUGGUUGUGGCUAGCGGUACAUUACCUGGAUGGAGCAUAAACUUGACAAAGCAAUUUCCAUUCAUAUUCCCAUUGGCAACGAGGAUAUUCUUUUUUCAGUCUACUUCGUUUGGCUAUUCACGUUUGAUUCAUCAAUGGCAAUUGAGGACAAACCAAGAUUACGAGGACGGUCGAGGUAGUGAUACCUCAAAUACUAAUUCUGCAUAUAACCAAAGACCGCAAUUGGGUAGACCAAACAGACACAAGGUUAGAAUAUCGAGAAAGAUGAUGUUGCAAAGUGCAUUAAAAGUAUUGGGUAUGUAUGGUUCCACUCCCGGUAUUUUGGAAAUUGAAUACUUUGAUGAAGUUGGAUCGGGAUUAGGACCAACUUUGGAGUUUUACUCAACAGUGUCCAAAGAGUUUUCGAAACGCAAAUUGAAGCUAUGGAGGGAUGAGGACAGAUAUGAUGGUGACGCCGAAGGGUAUGUUGAGAAUAAGCAUGGUUUGUUUCCAUCACCAAUGGAUAAGCAGCAAGUUAAUAAUGAAAACGGGAAAAAGAUUUUGUAUUUCUUUUCAUCAUUGGGUAAGUUUAUCGCCCGGGCUUUGUUGGAUUCAAGAAUCAUUGAUUUCAAUUUCAACCCCGUAUUUCUCAAAUUGGUGCAAUUUUUCAAUCAAAAGAACUCAUCUUCACAAUUACAACCAAUGAAUCAAAAACUAAUGAAAAAGAUUGUUUCUUUACAAAAUUUGAGAAUGGUUGAUCCCGAGUUGGCCAAGUCAUUACUGCAUUUGCAAAAAUAUGCCAGGGGUUUUGAAACUGUUGCUCCAGAACAAAGAGAUUUUGUUGAAAUUGAUGGCGCCAAACUUGGUGAUUUGGGGAUAUAUUUUGAAUUACCAGGUUACCCUAAAUACGAAUUGAUACCCAACGGUAGCGAUACAUUGGUUCAAGCAGGUAAUUUAGAUCUUUACAUUACCAAAGUUCUUGAGCAUACAUUGUUUACUGGUGUUGUUCAUCAAGCCAAAGCUUUUAUGGAUGGAUUUUCCAAAGUAUUCCCCAUAACUUCAUUGGUAAUAUUUUCUCCACAAGAGUUGGUUGAGUUGUUUGGUAACUGUGAAGAAGACUGGUCAUAUGAUGCGUUGUCUUCGGCAAUUGUGGCUAAUCAUGGAUAUAGCAAAGAUUCGCCAGAGAUUAAAGAUUUGAUUCAGAUUUUAAUUGAUUUCAAUUUGGAAGAAAAGAGGCAAUUUUUGCAGUUUCUUACUGGAUCUCCCAAAUUGCCCAUUGGUGGAUUCAAGGCAUUGCGGCCGGAAUUGACGGUUGUCCGAAAACAUGCUGAAGAUGGGUUGAAGGAUGACGAUUAUUUGCCUAGUGUUAUGACUUGUGCUAAUUAUUUAAAGAUACCAAAGUAUUCCAGUAGGGAUGUGAUGAAGGAGAAGUUGUUGCAAGCAGUUAAAGAAGGAGCUGGUGCAUUUUUAUUGUCAUGA